GCACUGAGGAGGAUGUUAACAGCUGUAAAGAUGCGUGGUAUCUUCAGUUGUUGUACACUCACAGCACUGCUGCUGUCUGCAGCCUGGGCAGACCCCCACAGCUCUGGACACAGCCAUACUGAUGAUACUAGCUACCACAGGCUGUCCUCCCCCAAUGCUGACUUUGCCUUUGCCCUCUACAAAAGUCUGAAGGCCAACACUGCUGCUGGAAAGAACAUCUUCUACUCACCGCUGGGAAUCUCCAGCAUCCUGUCCAUGGUGUCUGCAGGAGCUGGAGGUGAAACCCACAGCCAGCUGUUCUCCACCUUGGGCUACAGCACCUUCAACCAAACCCAGGUCAAUGAAGUGUACAAACAUCUCUUUGAGGUCCAUGGACACAGUCAGGAGAAUCUACAGCUGGAUGUAGGAAAUGCUGCUGCAGUGCGCUCUGGCUUCAAUCCUCUGGAGACGUUCCUGAUUGAUGUCAAGGAGUUUUACUCUGGUGAGAUCUUCAACGUCAGCCAGGAUCUCUCUGAGGCUGCAGCUGAGAUCAACAGAUUUAUUGCAAAUAAAACCCAGGACAAGAUCAGAGACAUGGUGAAGGACCUGGAUCCUCUUAUGGUCAUGGUGCUGAUCAACUACAUCUACUUUAAAGGACUGUGGGAGAACCCGUUCCAAAGUGAUAUGACACGAAAGGCUGAAUUUCAUGUGGACAAGACCACCAAAGUUCAGGUAGACAUGAUGACAAGGACCGGGCACUACAAGGUCAACUGGGACAGAGCAAACCAUGCUACCGUCAUCAGUCUGCCUUACAAGGGUGACGCCUCCAUGAUGAUCGUCCUGCCUGAUGAAGACAAGAUGGAGGAGGUGGAGGGCUAUAUCAACAAGGACCACAUCAGACGCUGGAGAGACUCAGCCUCAAUGAGUUACAUAGAUCUGUUCUUGCCAAAGUUUUCCAUCUCUACUGAUGCUUCCCUGGAGAGCACUCUGAAAGAAAUGGGCAUCAUCAAUGCAUUUGAGAAGAGCGCUGAUUUCUCCGGUAUAUCUGAAGAGUUCAAGCUCAAAAUCUCAAAGGCAUCACACAAGGCUGUGCUCAGUGUCACUGAGAUUGGAACAGAAGCAACAGCUGUCAGCACCUCGGAGGUCGAAUUGUAUUCGUUGCCUCCUAUCAUCAGAAUCAACAGACCAUUCUUGGUUUUCAUCAUAGAGAACUCCAGUGGGAGCAUCCUCUUCAUGGGCAAGAUCAACAACCCAACAGCUGAAUGAAGAAUCCAAGAUAAUCAGUCCUACAUCUCAUCACUGGAGAAUAGUUUAUUGUAAAAUCAGGACUCAUCUGUAAACACUAGGGGUGGGACUCACUUGUUAGCUUCCAACCUGAAUAAAUGCAGAUACUGUAAUCUACUGUACGAUAUGAAAAUGCAAAUAUUCUGCAAUUGUUUAUCAUGAAUAUCGCAAGACACUGAUGUUGUAAAACCCAUGGUAACAUCUGGUUAUGGACAAAUAGAAACUGUUACUGGAAAAGCAGAGCUUGAAAUGUCAGAAAUUAUUGUGUUAUUCAUUUAGAUUCACAGUCUUAAUUUAGUAUUGUUCCAGUUUUUAGACUAUCAAUGGACAUAUUAGACGAGAUAUUACAUCCCUUGGAUUGAGAUCUCAUAAAAAGAUGGAACGACAACAAUGAGUCAUUUCACUACAGAUUCACUCAGCAGAAUUUACAUGUUGAGAUUUAAAAUAAAUAUAAUUCUUUCUGACUGUGUUUUGUAGUCUCUAGUCAGUAUUGGUUCAUCCAUGUAGACAAGACAAUAUCACAAAUACAUUCAAAGUAAAAAUCCCUCUUGAUUUCAAAAUAAAAUAG